GUGAUUAGGUUCUUGGUUAUCCUGUAUAACAGUACUUGAAAGGCAGGCAUUGGAGGAUAACCUAGUGUUGUGUGUGAAUUGUGGAAUAAUGUCUACGUCUGAAAGAUGUUGUUUUAUGGUGCCGUUGAAUAUAGGAUGUUUCGUAGUGGGAAUUGUCAGUUGUGUCCUGUCUAUAGUCAUGUUUUCGAUGUCUACGCUGUUCUUUAUUCUGGAGUCUGGAGUCAAUAAGCACGAGCUGACGGUGGAGAGUGUGCACUUUGCUAAGUACCUGGGCCUAUACUUGAACUCCUCGUCAGUUCAUAUCAUUCUGUCCAUCACCAUGAUCAUCUCCUUAUUAUGGAUGAAGUUCUCCGUCCUGUUGAUCUUGGGCAUUCUCAGGAACAAUGCCAACUUCGUGCUGAGUCACUUCUUGUUUGGCAUCGUGAUCAAUAUCAUCAGUAUACUGAGCGCUCUACUAGUGCUGCUGCAGAGCUUACAGAGCUGGAAACUUUCCUUUGUCCUGUUCGCAUUGUCCCUUCUCCACAUACAUUUCCUGGUGGUGAUUUACACGGUUUACGACCUUAUGAACAGAGGCAAAGACUUAAGAUUCCACCAACAAGCCGACGACGAAGACCUUUUGGUCGAAUGCUUUGAUGACAAUCUGGAUAUAACGUAUAGGAAAUAAUAAUAACCUAAUUUUAGUUUUCCUAUAAAACAAAAUGCCAAUUGAUUAGCGCGUUAUAAGGAAAGGAAAAUAGUAUAACAUGAUAUGUGAUUUGACGCACUGCGGCUUUUUCGACUUACUAGGUAAUGUAAGCAAAUAUUCGUAAAAACAAUAUUUCCAUGAAUAGGGUAGAUGAAUAAUUUUUAUUUUAAUGUCCGUCUGAUAUCAUU